AUGGCUAGUUCUCAUCACGAGGAAGAAGGUCACAGUCAGGUUGCGAAUAUAAUUCCCUGGGAUCCGAACGCAAGCUACUUUCCAUCUCGCAAAGAGCUUCCACCGAUCCCAGGAGCACCUCCCGGAGCCGCUUGGUUCUGGGGAUCCGAUGAUAAUAUCGGAAGAUUGAAUCUCCUUACCCCAAGGCGGAUAAAGGCGGCAGCAGAACAAAUUGAAACGGGAGACUUGGUGCCUCUAGAGUCAGUAAAAACCCGCCCCUUUCGCCUCUGUAAUAACGAUGCAACUCAUAUGGUGCGGGCGAUUCUCAUUAUUCUUCUUAGUCUUCCGCUCAGUUUUCCAGAUACCCCUUCCUUUGACCGAGAACCGUUUCAACACUCCAUCAAAGAGGUAGCAGAAGGGACUGUGUUUGAUGAUAUGUAUACCCUCAAUACUCAGAGCGGCACACAAUGGGACGGAUUCCGCCAUUUUGCACAUUUGCCUACAAAGGUUUUUUACAACGGGACCAGAAAAGAAGACAUAGUCGGUCCAAAAGCCAACCACAAGUGCAGCAUCCACCAUUGGGCAGCACAUGGAAUUGCUGGCCGAGGCAUCCUUCUCGACUAUAGGCGCUAUGCCAAGAUGAAAAAUCUGUCGUUUGAUCCUUUUGAGCGCUAUUCCAUCAGUUUAGAUGAAUUGCGCAAAUGUGCCGCCAUACAGGGCAUUGAUAUUCGGCCGGAGACAGAAGGAGGCCAUAUCAAAGUUGGCGACAUUCUCUUGAUCCGGUCUGGCUUCGUUGAGCGAUACCAUUAUGCCACGGCCAUAGAGAGGAAAGAGGCAGCAACACGGCCACCACAAAAGAUGGAAUGGGCGGGCGUCAAGCAAGAGAAAGCGAUGGUUGACUGGCUUCACGACUGCUACUUUGCUGCGGUUGUGGGUGACGCACCGACAUUUGAAGCAUGGCCAUCGCAGGACAUUUAUCACUUACAUGAACAUUUAUUGGCAUUGUGGGGAGUUCCUAUCGGAGAGAUGUGGGACCUCGAGCGUCUUUCAUCAAUGUGUGAAAAACAUCAGCGGUGGACCUUUUUCCUCACCAGUGCACCAGCCAACGUCUAUGGAGGCGUAGGGUCACAUGCCAAUGCAACGGCUAUAUUUUGA